CCGAGGUUUUCCUUGUUUAGUCCGAACGUGAAAAAUCAAUAAAUCACACGCUUUUUACCGCUGCAGGAUUGAGCUGCGGAUGAAUUUGGUCUCGUAGACAAGAUAGUUUAACCUGCCUUUACGCUUGCGCAUCUCGUGACGGCGACUGUAGAAAAGAAGCAGGGCAGGAGGGAAAGCCCAACAAAAGGAGUCUCCUUGCGCUGCGAAGCUAAGUUAGAAAUUCAGACCCGUUUUGAAUUUGAUGUUUAAACGGAAAGGCCGCUGUUUUCUUCUGGCGCCAAGCGAUGGAAAGCUUCGUUUUCGCUCGACUUCGUUGGCUCGUUCGGCCCCGGAGACUCUCCCUCACUCUCGUGACCAUCGAGCGUCUGAAGAUGCGAACUUUUUCGUCCCCAAGUUCUGGGUUUCGUCUCUACUGAACUGUAAGGGCGUUCCAACUAUCAGACAAGUUCACACGCUCGUCGCCGUCGCUGGGAUGCUCCGUAACCUGUACGUAGUGAACAAGCUCCUUUACAUGUAUUCUUACCAUGGAGCUCUAAGAGAUGCGUAUGCCCUGUUUGGAGUGAUGACAGAGAGAGACCCCGUUUCGUGGAGUGUGAUGGUUGGUGGGUUCGCUAAAGUAGGCGACUCUUUCAGGUGUUAUGGGACUUUCAGGGAACUCAUUCGUUCGGGAGCUCAGCCUGACAACUACACAUUGCCUAUGGUGACAAGGGCUUGUAGAGAUACUUCGGACUUGCAAAUGGGUCGAGUGGUUCAAACUGUUGCGUGGAAAAAUGGGUUGAGUUUGGAUCGGUUUGUGUGCGCGGCACUGGUAGAAAUGUAUGCCAAGUGCGGGGUGAUUGAGGACGCGAGGCAGUUGUUUGCUGAAAUGCCGGAGAAGGACCUCGUGACGUGGACUGUCAUGAUUGGCGGGCUUGCAGAUUCUGGGGAUGCUGACGAAUCACUGGAAUUGUUUGAUCGGAUGAGACGUGAAGGAAUUGUUCCCGAUAAGGUUGCUAUGGUAAAUAUUGUUCAUGCCUGUGCCAAGUUCGGUGCUUUGCAUAAGGCUAGAGAAGUCCACAACUACAUACGCAUGAAAAGUAUAACUCUCAAUGUGAUAUUGGAGACCGCUAUGAUUGAUAUGUAUGCAAAGUGUGGCUGUCUCGGUUCUGCAAGGGGAAUUUUUGAGACUAUGAAGGAAAAGAAUGUUAUCUCGUGGAGUGCCAUGAUUGCGGCUAAUGGGUAUCAUGGGCAAGGAAGGAAAGCUCUUGACUUGUUUCCGAUGAUGUUAAGUUGUGGGAUAUUGCCGAAUAAGAUCACUUUUGUUUCGUUGCUGUAUGCAUGUAGUCAUACAGGUUUAGUUGAGGAUGGUCUUCGAAUUUUCUCUUUGAUGCAAAAUGACUACGGUUUAGAACCAGAUGUGCAGCAUUAUACUUCUAUGGUUGAUCUUUUAGGCCGCGCUGGGAGAUUUGGCGAGGCCCUGAAAUUGAUAGACCAUAUGACAGUGGAGAAGGAUGAAGGUUUGUGGGGAGCCCUUCUUGGUGCAUGUAGGAAACACAGGAACAUAGACUUGGCAGAAAGAGCGGCAAAGUCCCUUCUUGAGUUGAAAUCAAAUAAUCCAGGGCAUUAUGUUUUGCUCUCGAACAUAUAUGCAAAUGCUGGUAGAUGGGAAGACAUGGCCAAGAUUAGGGACCUCAUGACCAAACGGAGAUUGAAAAAAGUUCCCGGUUGGACUUGGAUUGAAGUGGCCAACAAGGUUUAUCGGUUUGCUGUUGGAGAUACUAAUCAUCCACGUUCUCAGGAGAUUUACUUUUUCCUGAGGAACCUGUUUGAAAAAUUAGAGUUGGCUGGCUAUUCCCCUGAUACAGAUUUUGUACUGCAUGACGUUGACGAGGAAGUUAAGAUAGGAAUUCUAUCAACACACAGUGAGAAACUGGCAAUUGCAUUUGGGCUUCUUGCAACUCCUGAGGGUACUUGUAUCAGAAUCACAAAAAAUCUAAGGGUUUGUGGGGACUGUCACACGUUUAUUAAGUUUGUAUCAGCAGUCACUAAGAGGGCGAUUGUCGUCCGAGAUGCAAACAGAUUUCAUCACUUCGAGGAAGGUGCUUGUUCUUGUGGAGAUUAUUGGUAACUGAUCGUUUGGCUUUCUGGACGUCUGUGACCUCUUCUCCUUGGAUGCCGAGUCAUCCCCAGAAAAAGAGAAAGAGCCACUGUUUAGGAUUCAAAUAGCUGGACAGAUGGGCUCUCAUGGCACUGAUGUAAAAGCUGUCUAGCUUGGUUGACCUUCAUGUUGAUAUUCCUAACAAAGAGUUGCUAAAAUUUCGGUUGGUGAGAUUGCUCGCCUGUGAAAGAAGCUUUAGUCAAGCUUAAAAAACAACAGCUCGGGGAUGUUCAGGUAGCAAUUAUCAUUUGCUGCCCAAAA